AUGGCGAUUGCUUGUGAUUCAAGUAUUUUGCGCUGUAAAGAUCGGCGAGACGAAGUUAAAAGUGAAUUUUCAGCACGUGAAGGACGAUACAAAAUUUCAUCAGUAAUUGAUCAUCUUGGGAAACAUUGUUCAACGUAUACAACGACUCUCAGUGAACCGGUGAAGAUAACCUUACUACAGCGAACACAACAAAUAGUUCAUAAUUCCACGAAUCAGAGUAAUUCAGCAAGUGAAACAAGUUCUAGAAGAUCGUCAUCAUUAACAGCCAAUGAUAAACCACCGAAUUCUAAUGUAGAUGGAUCAGGUGAUUAUUUAACAAAGCAAAGCAUUUCUAAUGGUGUAGAAACAGGUGGAACAAAUGGCUAUGCUGUACAAAACGGAAAUGUUAAUGGAACUAUUUUGUUAACAGAAGUUUUAGCAUUUAAUGUUGGAAGAGAGCUACUCGUUUAUGAAUUUACUGAAGCAAAACAGCCAAAUUUUGGUGAAGCUAUUGAUCAUCGAGCGUAUAAACCCGGUCACUUACCAACAUGUCAUGAUAUAACACAACGGCAACACACAAAUGGAUUACACAUUUUAGUUGGAUUCUCAAAAGGACAAAUACAAUAUAUUAAUACUCAUACAAAAGAUCAAAAAGUUUUUAAUGAAUCGAGUUAUUUGGAUAAAACAAAAGUAACGUGUAUCAAGUGGCUACCGUCACCGAAAACCUGCUAUUUCGUUGCAUCGUAUUCAAGUGGUUGUUUGUAUGUGUUUGAUGAACAAAUAGCUUAUCAACGUGAUAAUAAUAUCCCACCUGUUUAUUCAACAAUAAAAGACGAUGAAAAAAAUUUUUCCGUUUCUUAUACAAAAUCAAAACAAGCACGAAAUCCCGUAUCACGUUGGUCAAUUGGAACCGGGAGUAUAAACGAAUUUUCAUUUUCGCCCGAUAAUGUCUAUUUAGCUACCCUUUCUUGGAGUCCUGAUGGCAAAUACGUGGCUACCGGUGGAGAAGAUGAUUUCCUAACAAUAUUUUCCUUGGACAAUGAUCAACAACAUCGUGUUGUAUGCCGUGGUUAUGGUCAUACAUCGUGGAUAAACAGUAUCUCAUUUGAUCCCUAUAUGAACGCUAAAACCUAUUACUCAUCGCAUCAUUCAUCGCUGCCAUCCUCUGAACAACGAGCAAACGGAUGUGAAUCGGGUAUUUCAAAUUCCUCAUCAGGAUCGUCGGGCGACUCUCGUGAUCAUGCACCUUGGUCAUCGGAUGGUUGCUUUGAAAAUAAUAUGCCAUCUAUAUUUUAUCGUGUUAUCUCUGUUGGACAAGAUAAUCGUUUAUGUAUGUGGGACAUAACCGAAGAUAUCUUAAAAGUGAAUAAUAAGCUUUCCCAUCAACGUCAACGUUCAUCAUUAUACCCAUUAUUACAAACUCCAUCGUUACCUAAUCCACAGCCUCAAUCAGCAGUUAAUGGUUAUUCGUCUCUCUCUGACACAACCGUAUUUUAUAGUCCCACGCAAACAACUUCUAAAACAUCAUUUUCUUCGCUGACAAAUCGACUGUCGUUUACAAAAAAUUCAAAAGUAAAUAAAGCGGAACCCACCACUAAUUACACAUACGCAAAUGGAAAUCAGUCAAUGGCGUCAAUAAGCACGAAAAAACAGCGUAAGUUAUCGUCAUUAUCAAAUCAUAGUCAAAAAACUAAGGCAACAACAACAGAUACAACGAACGAUACGAGUUCCACAACGGCCCCGAUGAAUAUAAAUACACAGAAUAACUCGAACAAUAAUAGUUUACCUCGACGGACAAAUGCGGAUUUAACGAAAAAUACGUUUGGUACUCAUCUGUGUCCAAAAUUAGGCGAUAUUCAAUUAAUUGAGCCAGCUGUAAUCGAAUUAAUAUCGAAUGAACGCGUUUCAUCAAUUAUAUUUCGUGAAAAUUGUUUUUUAACCGCGUCACAAGACGGAAUCAUCGCCGUAUGGGAAAAACCAAAACUAGCAAAGUUUGUUAGUUUCCAUUUAAAAGUUGUUGAUUUUUUUAUCCAGAUAUGGCUCGUCUACCACCAAGCACAUUUUGGCAGAGAAAUGGAAAAGGAAUACAAAGAGGGACAUAUCCCAACGUCUGUUUUUUUUGAUCAACUCGAAUGCAGUCGUUCAACAAGUGUUGUUCCAAGAGGUUUACCUAAAAUGAAAUGUUUUGAAAAUUAUAUGGGACUAUUAGGUGUAUCAAACAAUCAUCAUGUUGUUGUGUACGAUCGUUCACCAUUUGGUUUUCUGGGAGCAGCACGAGCUUGGUGGUUGCUGCGAGCAUUUGGUCAUGAGAAUGUGUCGAUUUUAAAUGGAGGCCUAAAUAAAUGGGUGGCUGAUAAUAACAAAUUAGCUAGUGAAGGUCCCAUCUAUGAGCCGGAUAAAUUUACUGGUGCAUUAAAUCCUAAUCUUAUUCGGGAAUAUCAAGACGUUACAGCAUCAAUUAACGGAGAUGAGAGUGAAAUACUUGUUGACGCACGUUCAUACGAUGAGUAUAUUGGGAAAAAUCGAUCUAAAAUUCCUGGAGCACAUUCGGGCCAUAUCCGUCAAUCAGUCAAUAUUCCUUAUUCCACAUUAUUCGAUCAAAAUGAUCAAUGUUUAAAACCAACAGAAGCGCUUAAAGAAAUAUUUGAUGCUGCUAAAGUAGAUUUAACAAAACCGGUGACGUAUUAUUGUAACACCGGCACAACAGCAGCUAGCGUGGCAUUUAGCGCUUAUUUGCUUGGCCAAAAAAAUACUCAAUUAUACUAUGGAUCUUGGACCGAAUGGAGUCAACGUGCCCCUGAUCAUAUGAUAGAGAAAGGCGAUAAACAAAAAAACUGA